ACUUCCUCCCCCUCUUCAUUCAUACCUCCUGCCAUAAUUGUCACUGCCCCAUCCAAAGAGGACCUCUAUGCUCAGCCACCCACCAAAAGUAUAGAGGAGGCAAACAAGGAGCCACGACCUAGCAGGCAACCAAUCUGUGUUGGUAGAGCGAUCACUAACAAGGCAUAACGAUGUUGGAAAAACAAAGGGCGAAUGAACCAUAAUCUUGGGCGUCCAAACAACAAUGGAGACCGCUACAGAUACUGACCCGGACCCCAUAAAGCUGAAGUCGAUCAAGAACAACAGAACGUUCACAGUACCGCAAAAACACAGGCUUGGGAACUGUAGGAGUGUGAAGGAAUUUGAGAAACUGAACCGAAUCGGCGAGGGAACAUAUGGAAUUGUGUACAGAGCCCGAGACACCAGGUCUGAUGACAUUGUAGCACUGAAGAAGGUCCGGAUGGACAAGGAAAAGGAUGGGAUCCCUAUCAGUAGUCUGAGAGAGAUUACCCUGCUGCUCAAGCUCAGACACCCCAACAUAGUGGAGUUGAAGGAGGUGGUGGUGGGAAGUCACCUGGAGAGUCUCUUCCUAGUGAUGAGUUACUGUGAGCAGGACCUGGCCAGUCUGCUGGAAAACAUGCCAACACCUUUCUCAGAGGCACAGGUGAAGUGUAUUGCCCUGCAGCUGCUGAGAGGUCUGGAUUAUCUUCACCUCAACUUUAUUCUGCACAGGGAUCUGAAGGUGUCCAAUCUACUGAUGACAGACAAAGGCUGUGUAAAGAUUGCUGACUUUGGCUUGGCACGUUGCUACGGUAUCCCCUUACAGCCUAUGACGCCCCGGGUGGUGACAUUGUGGUACAGAGCCCCAGAGCUCCUCCUAGGGACCAAGACUCAGACCACAGCCUUAGACAUGUGGGCGGUGGGCUGCAUCCUGGCCGAGCUGCUUGCGCAUAAACCUCUGCUGCCAGGGGGUUCUGAGAUCCAACAGGUGGACCUCAUAGUGCAACUGCUGGGUACCCCUAAUGAAAACAUCUGGCCGGGCUUCACUCGUCUUCCCCUAGUUGGACAGUACAGUUUGAGGAAACAACCAUACAACAAUCUGAAGAAUAAGUUCACCUGGUUGUCUGAUGCAGGGCUGCGCUUACUCAACCUACUCUUCAUGUACAAUCCUCUACGCAGGGCCACAGCUAAGGACUGCUUGGAGAGUUCCUACUUUAAGGAGAAACCUUUGCCUUGUGAGGCUGACCUGAUGCCAACCUUCCCUCAUCAUCGCAAUAAAAGGGCAGCCCCAGCUGUAGAGAGCCAAUCAAAACGCAAUAAAGUGUAACUUCAUUAACAUCCUUGAUCGCAGUUUCAAUGAAUGAAUGACAAUCUUACAGAUAUAUGGACGUUUACUACUACACAUAGAUUAUGUACCUGGUUGUAAAAAAAACGUGUUAGUUGUCAUAGAAUGCAUGUACCUAGCAGUAAUUAUCCAAAUGGAUGGGGUGCUGGUAAGCUUUCAAGUAUUCCACAGUUCAGCCUUCAGUUACUGCUUGCAAAAUCCUAUUUCUUUCACUGUGUGUCUGAUGAAUAUCCAUAAGUAUGUGAUUAACAUGCAUAAGUUCAAUUGAAUUCACCAAUGUUGCUUUGUUUUUUGAAUGGAUGUUGGUUAACCUUUGACAGUGAGGUUCAAGGAACCAAGAGGAUUUGGUUUGCUGUAUUCAUGUACAUAGACAUUUUAUCUCUUGAAAUUCCUUGAAUAUUGUAGUUUAGUUUUAAUAAACUGCUUUUUCAAAUUAA